AUGACGACCACAUCCAGCAGCAGCAGCGUGUCCGAUAUCUCCUUGGCCUCGAUGCACAACUACGGCGACAGCUGGUUCGAGAACCUCGGCAGCCUGGCACUCGAGUUCCACCAGCAGAAACAGGCCAAGUCGCGACCAGAGUCGCCCGAGACGGCACCCCAAGCACAAACUCAAGCACAAGCAGAGGCGGCCGAAGCCAACUCGGAACCACUGCCCAGUCCCACCGCCGAAGUCACGCCCGCGCUGCACGGCUACGGCAACGCCUGGUUCGACAAGUUCGAUUCCAUGUGGGAGGACUGGCAGCACUCGAAGACGGCCAAGGCUGCACGAAUCUGA